AUAUCGAUGACUGUGUUCCUGAUCCAUGCGAAAACGGUGGCACCUGUACUGAUGACAUAAAUGACUUUACUUGUACCUGCAUGGCUGGUUAUGAUGGCAAGAACUGUUCUCAAAAUACCGAUGAUUGUAAUCCUAAUCCUUGCGAAAACGGUGCUACAUGUACUGAUGAAGUAAAUGACUAUACUUGUACCUGUAUGCCUGGCUACGAUGGCAAGAACUGUUCUCAAAAUAUCAAUGACUGUCACGCUGAUCCUUGCGAAAACGGAGCAACUUGUACCGAUGAAGUAAAUGACUAUACUUGUACCUGUGUUGCUGGCUACGAUGGCAAGAACUGUUCCCAAAAUAUCAAUGAAUGUGACGCUAAUCCUUGCAAGAACGGUGCAACAUGUAGCGAUAAAAUUAAUGACUACACCUGCACCUGUAUGGCUGGCUACGAUGGAAAUGACUGCGACCAAGAUAUCGACGAGUGCACCCCUAACCCUUGCAAAAACGGAGCAACUUGUAUCGAUAGAGUAAAUGACUAUAAUUGCUCUUGUGUCGCUGGCUACGAUGGCAAGAACUGUACCCAAGAUAUCGACGACUGCGAAUCUCAUCCAUGUCAAAACAAUGGAACCUGUACUGAUGCACUGAAUGACUAUACCUGUACUUGCAAUGCUUCCUUCGAGGGGGAGAACUGCGAGCAAG